AUGAAAUUCGACGAUUUCUUACAUACAGUUAAUGAUUUUGGUCGAUACCAAAAAUUAAGAUAUUUUUGCAUAUGUUUAACAUAUAUGUUACCACCUAUUAUGGUUUAUACAUGGUCAUUUGCUGCUGCUACACCAUCAUUUCGAUGUAAAUUAUACGAUAAUGAUGCUGAUUUUAAUAUUCGACAGUCUUCAUUAUCAUAUAAUCAAAGUCAACCAGAUGAAGCUUAUUGUAAAGCAAAUAUGAAAAUAUCUGUUAAAGAAUGUCAAAGAUGUUAUAUGAAAACAAUUUCAAAUACAGGAAUUGAAAAAAUUCAACCAUGUAAUAAUUAUAUUUUUGAUCAAAAAUAUUAUGAUUAUACACUUGUUGAAGAAUGGUCAAUGGUUUGUGAUCGAACUGUAUUUCGUUCAGCAGUACAAAAUAUAUUCUUUUUUGGUUAUAUGGUUGGAUCAAUUUUCUUUGGUAUCAUGGCUGAUAAAUAUGGUCGUCGUCCUAUUAUGAGUAUAUGUAUAAUAUUAAUGGCAUGUACAGGAUUUAUUUGUGCUUUUUUUCCACAAAAAGAUAAAUUUGGAUUUUGGCCAAGUUAUUUAGUAUAUACAAUCAGUCGUUUUAUAUUGGCUUGUUCAACAAGAGGUAUUGCUGUAACUGGAUUUGUGUUAGCGACGGAAUUAGUUGGUCCAAAAAAUAAAUUUCUAACAGCAAUCAUUGUUCAAUAUUUUUUUGCUUUUGGACAAUUAUUUCUGGUGACUUUUGCUUAUUUUAUUCGUGAAUGGAGACGUUUAACAUUUACUUUAUCAUUAUUUACGAUACCAUUUACAUUUUUUUAUUUUGUAUUGCCAGAAUCAGCUCGAUGGAUGAUUAGUAAAGGGCAUUAUAAACAGGCUGAAUUAUUAUUACGAAAGAUUGCCAAGACUAAUGAUCGAACAUUCGAUGAAGAAGCAUUUCAACAAUUAAUAGAUGAACAACAACUAAAUUCAAAAGAAAAAUCUCAACAAAUCGGUAUUUUAGGAUUGUUUCAAUCAAAAAUAAUGUGUAUUAUAUCUAUUAAUUUAUUUUUUCAAUGGUUUGUUCAAAAUUUAGUUUUUUAUGGAAUCUCUCAAAGUACUGGAAAUUGGGGCUUUGAUCCUUAUUUGUCAUUUGCAAUCUCAGCAUUUGUUGAAAUAUUAUCUUAUAUUGUUUUACAUCUUGUUCUUAAUCGUAUUGGAAGAAAACGUCCAUAUUUUAUUGCUGUUCUUUGUUUUUCUAUAAUUGCAUUAUUAACAAUUCCUGUUCAAAAUUAUAUAUUAAAAAAUAAUCCAGAACAAAAAAUACUUAUAUUUAUAAUGAAUGUUUUAUUAAAAUUUUUUGCAGCUGGUAGUUAUGCAAUUAUUUAUAUUUAUGCAAAUGAAUUAUUUCCAACAGGUAUAAGAAAUACUGGAAUGGGUAUUUGUUCAAUGGUUGCACGAAUUGGUGCAAUUGUUGGAACAACAAGUAAUGAUAUGCUAACUCGAGUAUGGAUUAAUCUCCCAGUUGUUUUAUUUGGUAUUUUAUCACUUAUAGCAGCUUUUCUUGUUUUAAUGUUACCUGAAACAUUAAAUAAAACAUUACCACAAACAAUUGAAGAUACUGAACAAAUGGGUUUAAGUUGUAUUCGUAUUCGUGCUGAUAAACGAACGCCGAAACGAAAAGUACAAAUUGAUAAUAUAGAUGAUCAAGAUUUAAAUGAAGAUCAGUUGUUAAAUCAAAAUUUAAAAAUGCGUGAAGAUGUAUAA